GAAGGGGAGGGCAGUGACUCCGCACCACGCCGCCACCUGCCCCUUUGCCAGCCGCUCCCUCUCCCCCCGCCAGGCUCCUCCCCGCCCGCGGCCGCCGCUCUUUCCCGGCGCGGCUGGCUCUGGGCAGGGCAAGGGGCGCAGUCCCGGCUCCAGGGGAGCAGCAGCAGCUGCGGGGCAAACUCCACAGCUAGCCCGGCCCGGCUGGAACAGGAGCGCGGCGGGCGCCCCUGGGCUCGGGAAUCCCGCCCCACCGCGGGUUAGAGCAACGGGGGAGGCUUCCCCGCGGCGGCCGGCGAGAAUAGAAUAAGCCCUUCUGCGAAGUGUUACUCAACCACUGAGGUGGGGCAGAACUGCAUGCCACCAUUAUAUGCUGUGAACAUCUGAGUAAGAAUGGAUGAGACAUAAAACAGAGGUUAUCCCAAGUUUUUCGAACACUUGAGCGGUCUCGGCACUGUUGACAAAGCUAAGAUGGCUGUAAACUCAGAGCUACCACCAUACUAUGAAAAUCAUGGUUAUCAGCCAGAAAACGUCUAUAUUUCCAGACAGCCUGAGGAUGCUAAUGUGUAUCCACAGUACCCUCCUCCAUAUUAUCCUCCGUCAGUGCCACAUUAUGUCCCAAGAGUUCCUGUUCAUCAGUCAGCUCCCCCAGUAGUACAGCCAAAGCCUCCAUCAGCGAAAAUGUGCACACCAGAAGUUAAGAAAGCUCUAUGCAUCAUUUUAUCUGUUGCAAUAAUACUAUCGGGUGCCAUAAUUGCAGCUAUCCUUAUCUGGUAUUUUGUGGCCAAUAGCUGUCUUGGCUCAUCAAUAGAGUGUGGAUCUUCAGGAACAUGUGUCUCACCAUCUCAGUGGUGCGAUGGAGUGGCCCACUGUUCCAAUGGUGAAGAUGAAAACCGAUGUGUUAGACUCUAUGGACCAAAUUUUAUCCUAGAGGUCUAUUCAUCUAUCAGCAAAUCCUGGUAUCCAGUAUGCAAAGAUGACUGGAAUGAGAACUAUGGAAAGAUAGCUUGUAAAGACAUGGGAUACAAUGUAAAUACUUAUUACUCUAGUCAAGGAAUAACGCCUGAAAGAGGUUUUACAAGCUUUAUGAGGUUGAAUACAAGUGCUGGGAACAUAGACCUAUACAAAAAACUGUAUAACAGUGACUCGUGUGUGUCUGGAGCAGUGGUAUCUCUGCGUUGCACAAAGUGUGGAGUAUCCCGUAAAAAUUCGAAUCCUGCCAGCAGAAUUGUGGGUGGCAGCGCUGCAGUGCUGAGGGACUGGCCGUGGCAGGUCAGCCUUCAAGUCCAAGGCUCCCAUGUAUGUGGAGGCUCCAUUAUCACCCCAGAAUGGAUAGUGACAGCUGCUCACUGUGUAGAAGGACAGUUUUCUUCUCCAAACUACUGGAACGUGUAUGCUGGGAUUCUGAAGCAAACGGAAACGCGCUACAGAAGUGGAUCCAGAGUGCAGAAAAUAAUUUCCCACCCAAAUUAUGAUUCAGAUACUAAAGACAAUGACGUUGCCCUGAUGAAGUUACAGACACCGCUGAGUAUUACUGACACUGUAGCACCUGUUUGUUUGCCUAACCCUGGAAUGAUGUUCCAACCUGAUCAACAGUGCUGGAUAUCUGGAUGGGGAGCAGAAUACCAAGGGGGUAAAACUUCAGAUGUCUUGAAUGCCGUAAUGGUGCCUUUAAUAGAACGUUCUGUGUGUAAUUCUGCCAAAUUCUAUAAUGGCUUAGUUUUGCCUACCAUGAUAUGUGCUGGGUAUAUAGAAGGAGGAAAGGAUUCCUGCCAGGGUGACAGUGGAGGUCCGUUAGUAACUGAGAAAAACUCCGUGUGGUGGCUAGUUGGUGACACAAGCUGGGGAACUGGCUGUGCCAGUCGCAGAAGACCUGGAGUUUAUGGAAAUAUGACUAUGUUCACCGACUGGAUUUACAGAAAUAUGCAGGCAAAUAGGUGAUCUUGCUGAAUCAUUUUCAAGAACAAUCCUAAAUGGAGCUAUGGCUUUCUUGGCUACCUUAUUAUGUACUUUUAAAAAGAAUUUCUAGAUGCUUACAAUUUUUUUUACUACUUGCAAAUAACCUGAAGUUUUGCACACUCAGUUCUGUGCUGGCUGCAGUGACUGAACUAUUUAAUGAAGUAGAAGACUCACAACAAGCACCUUUCUCAUUAUGGUGCCUGGUGGCACAAAGUUGCUGUCAACUGGUAACUGACAUGUUCCUUUAGUUUUGUAGCUUCAAGUUUAUAGGGUUUUCUAUAAUCACAUUUGUAACUGAAAUAAUCACUGUUUCAAUUACAAGCAGGGUGGUUUGACACUUGCUUUACUGGCGUAAUUUAAUUUAAAUGUAAGUUGUGGUGUAAAUCUGAAUCUCUGGGGUCCUAGUUGGUGACUUAAAGAGGAAAACACAUGAUGAAUGUCAGUCUGGGCAUUAUAGGUAAAGGGAAACUGUUUCAUGCAUUGGAGACUAGAGGCAGGGAGAGAUGUCUUGGCAUAUGUUCAGGUGGUUAAAAAUCCUCAGGAUCUUUACAGGUGCGGUAACAGCCAGGGUGAUCUCUUUGGCUUUACCCCAACAUAAAUAGGAUCAGCAUUUAGCUCAGUAAUUGAAAAUGUGCCAUUGUUCUUCACGGUUACCCUUCCUGGGUCCCACAUCUAGCAUGCAGGAGAAAUACAGUAACUACUGUUCUAAAGCUAGUCAACACAGGUAGGCUGCUGAGAACAGCUUGUAGCAGGACACUGUAUACCAGUAGCAUGCUCAGUUUUAUGAGCUGGGAGCUGCUAACUGAUUCCGAGAACUCUUCCCUCUGAAAUGCAAAGAACAAAGCUUUGCUGUGCGGUUGCCUUCCAUGUAGUCAUUCUCUGUGAUCAAAGUGUAGGUAUGGAAGGCUGGGAAAGUGUGGAAAUCAGAGAUGCAAAAAAACUCAUUUCUACCAAACACAUGACUACCUCAGUUUUAAAGUAAUCUGGCUUUUAAUUCCGUAGAAAGUUCUCUGUACCUGUCCAUGUGGCGAUUUUUAGCAGGAGACCAAUCACUUAAGCUUUUUUAAAAAAACAAAACAAAACACAAAGUCACUAACCAUUCACAUAAGUCUCAUGAUUUUAAUGUUCUAAGAGAGGAAAAAUAAAAUGCUGUAGUUCUAGAUGUGUACAAAAAGACACUGGUAUGGUGCUGACAAAUUGACCAUAAGUAAUGAGACUCAGUACAUCCCUUCUGCUUUAUGUGCUCUCCAAUUCUAAUGGAGUGAAAUGACCAAGUUUGCUGUUACUGAAUGGUACCUUAAUUCCCAAAGCUUGAGUUGGAGAAAUUUCCACUUCAGUUUUGGAACCAUAAUCUGUUAUAUAUCAGAGUGCCACUUAAAUAAUAUUUUAAAAAUGGUUGUAAAGGCUAGAAUGUUCAGGGGGACACAAAAGCCAUAACGAGUCACUUUCUAUAGGAAUGACAAAUCUCUUCAGGGGAAUGACUUUUUUUAAAAUAGCAAUCUAUACCAAAACAAGGCAAAAUUUUCUUAAGAAAACAAAUGCAGUUGUCUUGCACAUAAGUGGUACAACUAAUAAAUCUUUUACAAAUCAUUUCUCCUUGCAGUAAUUUAUUACAGCAUUUCUACCUCUCUCAAUCUUUUGAUUUUGACUGAAAGUCUAUAAAGCACCUUGAGAGCCUCAGAGAUGAAGGAUACUCUUCUGAUUUAAGCACAAGAUGGGGCACCUAAGGGAGCUGGUUUUUUCUCCAACCUUUCAGCAAGCUUCCUGGUAGUUCUUUAAACAGGUUACUUGGCUUGACUUUCAGAAGUGCUGACUACCCCCCACUGCUAAAUAACUUCAGUGGGAAGGACAAUUUUAGUGAUACUUAGUGGACUUACAAGUGGCAAGGAAGCUCAUCUUAAAGGCAGUAAGGGCUGAGGGGAAGUAUCUAUUUUGCUAUUUUGACGGAUAAAAGGUUGGAUUUGAGUCAGUACUGGACUUAUCUUUAGUUGUAACAGGCAUGUGCUGUGUUCUGAUGAUACUUGAAAGAAAAGUAUUCACCAAGUUCACUACUGAAUGCAUAUGAAGGAUAACGAAGUUUAAUCAAAGAAAACUUGUGUCCAAAAGUGUUUCUUUCAGGGGUUUUUUUCUUUUAAGACCAUAAGCUCACAUUACUGUUGAUGGAAUAGCAGCAGAGUAAUGUACCUCUUUUUAUAAAUAGAGACUUCAGUUUCUGGAGUUGAGUAGGGCCAAGAAAGCUUCCACACCACACAGCUGUGGUAUAUACUAAAGAAAGCUCAAUCUAUGCCCAUUUGCCCCUCAGCUCUUCCAUCGUGUCUAACAAACAGGUCAACAUGAGCUACAUAUGCUUCUCUACCACUCCUUUGGGUAGGCCAUUGAACCCUCUGAUGGGAUCAACCUCAGUUGCUUUACCAGAACAGUAUAAAAAGUUUUAAUAGAGUUUCAUAGAAGCAUAAUUACAGUACACACUCACAGAAACAACUUGGUCUCAACUCAUGAUUUGUUGAGCCACAUUAUGAUUAGGUUCUUUGCCAGUGAUUGGGCCAGGACAUCAGGUGACAUACAGAGGAUCUCAGUCCAGCAUCUAACAACUUUAUAUCCUACACUACACUUGCAAAGUGACAUUUACCUUUUUUUUUUUUAAUAUGUACCAUAAUUUCAAAAUGUUAAAAUAGACUAACUCAUUUCCAGGGCUGAAAUAAAGCAUGUGGAA